AUGCAUCUCCUCGGUGCAGGUCUACUUUUUGGUGGUGGUUCGGCGUAUACACUUGCUGUUACAUAUAUUACAUAUAAAUAUCUUGGACAUAGUCGAAUUCGGAUUACUCGUUUGGUACUGACAUUCAUUUCUGUUUUUUCAUUUUUAUUACAACCAACAACUGGAUUAGUCGCACGUUUCAUGUAUGAUGGUGAUAAUAUUAGAAAAUGGAAACCAACUGAUCAAGGUUAUUCGUUUCAUGUAGUAAGUAGUAUGUCGGAAUGGAUUACAGCUUUAUCAUUUAUAUGCUUUAUUUUUACACUGGUAUGGGAAUUGAAAGAUUACAAAGUACAUGAAAUAAAGAUUGUUCAUCGAUGGAGUAUAAUAAGUGAUGAUAAUUAUGGCAAUAAUAAUGAUGACAAUAUGCUUUCCUAG